GUGUAUAUGGAGAACAUUGGCUCGGGAAUAAAAUGAUACACCGACUGACAAAUCAGGACCACUACACACUUAGAACUGAGAUGACGGACUGGGAUAAAAACCGUAAAUACGCUGAAUAUAGCACGUUUGUAGUUGAUGAUGAAGAUGAUGGGUACAAAUUACAUAUCGGGGGUUACGAGGGAGACGCCGGUGAUGGAAUGAUUAAACAUAACAAUAAAAAAUUCUCCACUCGAGAUGUUGAUAAUGAUCAAGUUGUGAAAGAAUUUGGUGGAAGUUGCGCAAAGAGAUUCCACGCAGCAUGGUGGUUUUAUAAGUGCUUACAGAGCAAUUUAAAUGGAAAAUAUUAUAGAAAUGGGAAAAUUGACGAUAAAAAAUAUGAUGGUGUAACAUGGAAACCCUGGACUGGCACAAACUAUUCACUUAAACACGUGGAGAUGAAAAUAAGACCGAAUUUAGAGCGCAAAGUUACAUAA